CGAUAAAUCUGAUGAAUCAGAGGUUAUUUCAGUAAGACGCAAAAAAUCCAAAAAGACAAAGUUAAAUUCUGGGCAGUCUACCCAGUUCAUUCCAACUGACAACGAUAUGAAAGAGGAUAGCUACACGGAGAUUCAAGAGACCGGAAGCAAUAAUAACAUUGAUCAACAGCAAAAGAUUGGAGAAAACGAGAUAGAAUUAGAUCUUCAAGAACCAUCUGUUGUUCGCAUCAUUAAGGGCAACUCAGAAGGUUUAGACUGGGAUGCAGUAAUGCAGAAGGUAGAAGCAUACC